GGUGAGCUCCAUUUAUGUAUCUAGGCAACCAGGGCAGGAAAUGCCGUGAGGAAGCUAAGUUAGCUUAACAUCAAUGGGAACAGAAGGGAAACUCGCAUUUUAAUUCAGACCCACACAAUGAUGCCUGGAAGUGCAAUUAGAAGCCUCCGACAACAUGUUGGACUGCAGAAGCUGUCGGGGUUGGCGGGAAUUGCACAUUCUUCUUUGGGCCCCAAUAAAUCUUACAAGUUUAUCCAGGAUGACGCCAGCGGGGAAUCAUCUCUGGCGUGCUCGUGUUUUCGAAUCUUGGAGAACCUUGAGUUAAUUUGUGCGGUGGGCCAGCUGGUUUAUGAGACGAUACAAGCCCACCAGAAGGUCUAUCACUCUGGAUCGGGAUCCAUGUUGUUUCUUGCUGGUGCAUGGAGUCGUGUCAUGCUGGAGUGCCUGGACAGAGGGAUUUCAGUGGCACACAUCAUGUCAGCUAUGUCUGAGGGGAUGGAUAUAUGCCUGAAUGUUUGUCGGAAGUACAGCAUCUUAACUGAUGGUCUUAACUGCACUGUAGAUGGUCAAGGUCUGAAUGAUAACCUGUUAAUGAAACCCAUUGUUCAGGCUCCAUGUGCAUUGUUUCUCCUGGAUGGGACAGCAGGAGCUGAAAAGACUUCAAAACAAAGGAGAGUAAAGCUCAGUCACAGCAGACAUUUUUAUGAAGUCAUGUCUGAAAAUGUUUGCACAAUGCCGAAGUCUGGUCCUUGUGAGCCUGCAUCUCCUGACAUUGCACACCUUGCUGAGGGCUUGAGCCACGGUUGUGCUGACAUGAUGCAUUUAGUCAUCAAAGUGAGCAAGAUUCAGUCAGAAAACUGUCAACAUUUUACGUUUGACGUCACCAAAGUGGUGUCUUGCCUCAUGCCUGGUUUACCCGAGGAGCAUGCGUGUGUUUUCCCAGGGUGCAUUGUUCUCACGUCUUCUGAACAAGCUUCUGUUGCAGAGCACUUCAAAGAACAGAACUUGAAGGUCUCUCUUAUUCAUGGGGAUCUGUCAGACACCUAUCGCCAUCCCGGCUACAGUGCACCUAAAGGUAUACGACGUGUGUGUGAUCAGCUGGACUCGCGCAAAGAGGAAGACUGGAUGGAAGGUGUUUUGACACACCUGUUACGCCUGGAUGUGAAUGUGGUGCUAGCCAGUGGGGUUGCUUGUGAAAAACUGGUUGAGCACUGUUGUAGACACUGCAUCCUUGUGGUGCAGAAAGUGAAGAUGUCUGUCUUAAAGGCGUUUGCAGAUGCAACAGGAGCUGCUGUGGUUAGGUACGCCACCCAGCUGAAUGACCGCUGUGUCGGCAUCGGGGUGAAUGUUGCAGUAUGGAGGGAUUUUAGCAGCAAGUCUUCAACAGUGGUGAAUAUUUCCACCUGUGGGAGCAGUGGGUUGGUCACAGUGAUAAUCACAAGCUGUGUACACAGUAAGGCCUUGGCUUUAGAGGACCAGUUUUGGGCCUGUGCUUACCGUUUACACCAUGCACUGAAAGAAAAGGCCCUCCUGCCCGGCGCCGGAGUGACAGAGCUGCUUUGUGUUAGUCACCUGCAAAAACAUGCAGAACAUCUUGUGAAGCCCCAUGCAGAUGGUAAAGAUGCAGCUUCCUUGUACACAGCCACAGUGUUGCACCUCAUGGCGGAUGCUUUAAUAGACUACAUAUCCACUAUGAUGGUGAACACUGGGAACUUUUCAAAAGUCAGAGCCAGGACUGUCUUGAGUCAACACCUGGAGGACUGUGAUGGAGAUUUAUCACUUGCUGGAAAGUUCUCACAACUUUUCUUAGAAGGUCACAAACAGGACAGUUUCCUUUCAUCAGAAAUGAAGUCCUGUAGUGUUCCAGCUGUGAAGGUUUAUGAUAAUAUGAGCAUAAAGCAGGAGGUUUGGAGGAAAGCAUUAGAUGUGGUUUUCUUGGUGUUGCAGACUGAUGCAGAGGUCAUCACUGGUGUGGAUCCAAAUACAGAAGGUGAAAAUCUGAUGCUGUUAUAAUGGAAUGAACUUAGUGUAUUUGUAGCUCAAAUGUUAAGAUAAAAAAAAAACACUCCGGUUGCUUGUUUAGUUAGUAAGAAUAUUCACAGUCAAUGCUUUGUGUUGCAGAGCAGUAGAACAGUGGGUAAGGAGCUGACCCGCCAGUGUGUAGACCUGGGUUAGAAUCCCACUCGUGUGUUCUUGGACAAGACACUUAAUCUGCAUUGUCUCAGUCCAUGCUGCUGUAAGUGGGUACCAGUCUUAGCUGGGUUAGUAUUCUGUGAGUGGGGGCAGACACUCAUCUGCUUCACACUACGAAUCCAGAGAUAAACACCAGCACUAGUAGGCCUCAGCAGCACUCUAAUUACAUUUAAACACCAACCAGCCACUAUAAGCAGUGUGUGGCCUUAAUCCAACUGCUUUCUGUGGUUUUGUGCAAUUUAGUGCAAUUGAGCCAGUGGAUUCAAGUUAACAGGUAUUGUAGUGGAAUAGAAUAAAGUGUCCGUAAUAUAGUAAAGUGUCCAGUAGAAGAUAAAGUGACCAGUGGUGGGGGGCUCUGUCCUUAAGGUGGGGGGGGUGUUCAGCUGUUUAACAGUUUAAUGGCUGUGGGAAAGAAGGAGUUCUUGAACC